UAUAUAUAUCUAUGAUCGUACCCAAGGUGUAUUUAUAAAUCCGCCUUGAUCGUACCAUUUAGAUAGUUUACUCGCUCUGAUAAGUUAUAAAAUUUGGAUCAAGUGGGUAACGAAAAAAAUGGUCACUAGGAAAUAAAAUAAAUUAGGACAACUGUCCCAUGAAAUAUUGUGGAUUUUGGUAAGAGUGCUGUUAUCCCUACAUGACAAAGAUAAGGAUCGUUGUCAUAAAUCAUAAUAUGGUAAACUUAACCACGUGUUUUGUUCAAAUUGAUAAUGGAUAUGAGCGAGUCUUCUUAGUUCUUACUUGUACUAGUUAUUUGAUUUACAAACAGAAGCGAACUCCGUCUAGAAAGUAUGGAUAACGACUAUAAAGUUGGUGCCCUAGGUGAUUUAAUUACAUCCCUAAAAGCUCGUAACAAAAAGAAUAAAAACUCUACAAAUAAGCAAUCAUCAAAAGGGGAAAAACGAAAGUCUACGGAAACUUCAUUGAAAAAAUCCAAAAAAUUUAAGAAAAUUGAUGGCACUUCUGAAUUAAAACAACCUAAGUUAAAGUCUAUUAAAGAUAAAUCCAUUUUGAAACACAAGUCACAAAUGACACUAUAGCCAUCAACUCAGAAACCAUUGUACCAUUUAAAACUUCAGUAAAAAAAAAUAAGAAAAUAAAAAAAAAUAAAAAUGAAGUAAAAUCAGAACCUGUACUUGGAAAUACUGAUAGUACAUGUGUAAAAACUGAAAAUUUACCUAAAAAUGCAGAAAACACACCUGCUAAAACUGAGAAUAUUACUAAAAAAAAAAAAAAAUCUAAAAUCGAUUCAAAAAAUAAGAGUACUAUACAAAAGUUGGAAAAAAUUGAUAGUAAAGAAAUGUCUAAGAAAGGAGAUAUAAAAAAUACUGACGAAUAUAUAGAAAAGGAAUCGAGAACUAUAUUUAUUGGAAAUGUACCUGUUGAUGUUAAAGUGCCAACUAUCAAAGCGCUAUUUAAGGAUUAUGGAGAAAUAGAGACAACAAGGUUGAGAAGUGUGGCUGUGAAAAACCUCAAUAAACCAAAACGUGUGUCUGUUUUGAAAAAAGAUUUUCAUCCUCAAAGAGAUACUGCCAAUAUGUAUGUACGAUUUAAAACUGUUGAACAGGCUAAGAAUGCAUUGGCCUUGAAUGCUACUAAAUUUGAAGGGCAUACAAUUCGAGUAGACAUGGCCUUGAAUUCUGAUCACAAACAGAAUAAAAAAAAGGGAGUAUUUAUUGGAAAUUUACCUUACAAUAUUCAAGAAGAUGAAGUUUGGGAUUUUUUCAGAGACUGUGGUGUUAUAUCUGCUGUACGUAUAGUGCGUGAUAACAAAACUGGAGUAUGCAAAGGAAUUGGAUAUGUAGAUUUUGAAUCUAAAGAAUCUGUAGAAUUAGCAAUGCAACUUCAAGGUAAAAAACUUCAAGAUAGAAUCAUUCGUAUUAAACGGAUAGAAACACAUCCAAGUGACAAAAUACCACAAACAAGAACUAAUUUUAAACCUAUUCCUUUUAAGAAACCCCAAAGUAGUAACAAAGGUCAAUCUUACCAAGGAGAAACUUUAAAACCAAAAUUCAAAAAGAAACCCAAACCAACCAAAACUGAUUUAAUGAGAAAGAAAAUAGCCAAGAAGUUAGCUGCUUGACUUUAUUUGACAAAUUAAUUGCUAUUAAUAAAACAAAUUUACUUUAAA